AUGUAUGAAAAUGACAAGGAAGGAUCUUCACCAGACGCCGUCUACGAUGAUGGCUGGACGCUGACGCUUCCGUCAGGGGCUAAAAUUGGACAUCGUUCCUUGAUGUUGUAUUAUCGUCAGUAUCUUCGCCCCACAGACGGUAAUAAACCUGACGUUGGAAAGGCAGCUCUUGACAAAGCUCGUGGGCUGUACCCAGCUUUAGCAUGGACCGGCUCAACAGGUACUGUGGCUAAACAGGCAGCUCGCGACCUUCAAUUUGUGCAACGUUAUCGUCGACGUUUCGAUUUACGUGUGGGCAUCAAAUCGAACAAGCUGUUCAAACUCAGGGAAGAAAGGGUGACAACUGAUCAGUGGUAA